GGGCGCUCGCGCAGUCAUGGCGGCCUUCCGCGACAUGGAGGAGUUGUGCCAGGGGCUGCUGAGCCUCCUGGGCGACAGACCCCAGGAAGCCCGAGCUGAGGGGCCUCCGCCUUCUCCCCCACCCGCAGAGAUCCUCAAGGCUGAGAAGGAUGUGGCCCAGAGCCUUCUUGAUGCGAAGGAGCAGGCGUGCCAGGGGGGUGCUGAAUUGCAGCAGAUUGAAGCCAAACUUCAGAAGGCCAGCGAGGAGGACACCCACCUGAAGGCCAGCCUCCUUCAGCUCACCAGGGAGCUGGAGGACCUCAAGGAGGUGGAGGCCGAUCUCGAAAAACAGGAGAAGGAGGUUGACGACGACCCCACGGUCACCAUCCCUGCCGCCAUGUAUGUGGCUCAGCUUUAUCACCGAAUUAGUAAAAUCGAGUGGGAUUAUGAGUGUGAACCGGGGAUGAUCAAAGGCAUCCAUCGUGGCCCCAGCGUGGCCCAGCCCAUCCACCUGGACAGCACCCAGCUCUCCAAGAAAUUCAUCAGCGACUAUCUUUGGAGUUUGGUGGACACGGAAUGGUAGCUGGGAACGGCUCGGACUGUCCUGCACAUAAUGGGAAUCAUUUGUGGUGUGUGGUUAGUGCCUUGGUGGUGAGAUCAGCUUAAAAUUAAAUGUUUAGCCCUGGCCGGUUGGGCUCAGUGGAUAGAACGUCAGCCUG